GAUGGCAGCCGGGCUGAAGGCGGAAGUAGGGUGGUGCAGCCAGCCGAGUCACCUGUGAGACCUGUCCUGCAUUGUGUCAUCACCAUGAGCGGCACAGAGAUGGUUUCCACAGAGACAGAUGAUGGUGUGGCUCUGUGUCUCUCUGCUGAGAAUAAGGGACAGAGGAAGGUCUUUCUUCCUAACAAGCUUCUGGAGUGUCUCCCUCGUUCAUCCACUCUUCCAAACGAGCGCCUGAGAUGGAACACUAACGAGGAGAUUGCCUCGUACCUGAUAACAUUUGACAGACAUGAUGAGUGGCUCUCCUGCACCCUGAAAACCAGACCGAAGAAUGGCAGCAUCAUCCUCUACAACAGGAAGAAGGUGAAGUACAGAAAGGAUGGAUACUGCUGGAAGAAACGAAAAGAUGGAAAAACGACGAGAGAGGACCACAUGAAGCUGAAGGUCCAGGGCAUGGAGUGUCUUUACGGCUGCUAUGUCCAUUCCUCCAUCAUGCCAACAUUCCACAGACGAUGCUAUUGGCUGCUGCAGAACCCAGACAUUGUGCUUGUGCACUAUCUCAAUGUGCCAUCUCUGGAGGAUUCUGGGAAAUGCAGUCCACUGCUGUGUACGGUGACCGAUCGCCAUGACACCAUGAGGUGGAACCGAGAUGACCUGCUCAACCAGCUGAUGCCUAUGUUUCACAGCUUGAAGUGUUCGGUGGGUUCAGGGGAUUUCAGUAUUGAAGAGUUGGUCCAGCACAUCUUGGACCGACAGAGAACCAAACCACAGCCCCGCACCCAUGCCUGUCUCUGCAACGCUGCCCAAGUGUCUUCAGGAGUGAACAUUCCUCAUCGCUGUAACAGCACCAAGCAUCGCAUCAUCUCCCCCAAACUCCCUCCCAUUUCUGACAGACCAUCUCCGUCGCCGCUGUCUACUGAGUCGGGGGACACAGGCAAAGGAGAGGCCAAACUACCCCCCCUCAGCCCCGCCUCGUCUUCCUCCCCUUCUUCCACCUCCACCUCGUCUCCCUCUCAGCCCCACAAACCCUCCAUCGUCAUGGGAAACCAUGGCAAAGGUUUCUACGGUGACUCACAGGGCAACAUGACGACGGUAGCACUCUCCCAGAAUGCAGUGAUCGUUAUGGCAACAGCCACUGCAAUACCAGGAGGAACAGUGGGAGGAGAGGGGGGAGGGGGAGGCGUGUCUGGAGGGGAGGAGAGGAGGAGCCUGUCCCUCACUUGUUCCGGCCAGUUGCUGCUCUCCCCCACCCUUCCACCUCCUGUCAGCAAGCCAGCUUCCCCUUCACCGCCGUCCUCCUCCUCCUCACCUGGUCCCACCUCCCUCUCUGCUCCUGUCCAAGCGUCAGGGGUGAGGACCUUGUCCCUCACCCUUCUUCCCACCCCUGUCAUAGGAGGUCUACUCCUCACGCCAUCCUCUUCCUCCUCUUCCAGCACAUCUUCGACUGUGCGCCUGCACUCCCCUCCUCCUCCUUCUGCUGCAGCUUCCCCUCCAUCUCCUUCCUCCUCCUCUUCAUUGCCCUCGUCUUCCCCAUCCCCUCCCCCAGCUUUUGAUCCAGACUCCUUCCUCAACUCCCCCAAGCAGGGCCAAACAUAUGGCGGCCCACCUCCUCCCUCCUGUUCCACCCCUGUGCCUGUUUUCUGCUCGUCGUCCCCUCUCUCUCCCCCGUCUCUUGCUCUCACCCUUUCCCCCAAUCCUACUCCUCCUUCUUCUGUCUCUCCUUUGUCCUCACUGUCUUCCUCCUCGUCCUCUGAGACAGACCGCAGAGACGUUGCCCCGCCUGUGUCCUCUCUCCUACCCACCCUGUCGCUGUCUCCCACCACCUCUGCGGCCCCGCCCCUCCUCUCCUUGUGCCUUGAUCUGGGUGCUCUGGGGGAGUCACAGGACGUCCUGAAGGCUGAGGAGGAGGUGGAGCAGAGAGACGAUGAUGAGGGCAGUGCUCCUCCCACUAAGCUGGCUCUGCUGCAGACGGAUCACAACAGCACCAACAGCUCAUCGCCACAGAAACAGACGGAAAGUCAUCCUGACUCUCUGCUGUUGGUUUGCCAAGACACAGGGAGCCAAUCUGGUGAGAUUCAGACCCCCAAUCAGACGCAGUGGCAAGCUGAGCCACAGCACCACUACAAUCACCUAUCUGGACCCAAAGCCCCACCCUCUGUCCAGCUGUCCAAUGAGGCCAUGGUGCUGCAGCAGGCGGGCCAUGACCCCACAUCAGGAUGUACAAACCUCUGCAACAGCUCAGUCCAGGUGAAGGAGGAGACCAAGCAGAGCAAUGACCCAGAGGACACCUGCAUGGAUACUCAGGUGGAGGCAGAGGCAGAGCCUUGUCAGCAUGCAGAGGAGGAGCUGUACAUCUCCUUUGACAGUCAGUUUCAUGACCUUAUCUCUGACCUCAUCACCGAGGAGUCCAGCCCUGUCGCUGCUCACCCUGCUGUGUCCAUCUCGGGGCUAAACCCUGCUGUCUUCCCCUCGGGGGUCCGCUAUGUGGUGCCCCCCCAGCCCUCGCCGUCCUCCUCCUUCCUCCCAUUUCCUCAACCCCUGACCUCUUCAUCACGCCUCGCCUCCAUCACCGACUUCUCUCCAGAGUGGUCAUACCCUGAGGGUGGGGUGAAGGUUCUGAUCACGGGGCCGUGGAGCGAGCCAGCGGGUCAGUACUCAUGUUUGUUUGACCAAAGUGCUGUUCCUGCCUCACUCAUUCAGCCUGGAGUCCUGCGCUGCUACUGUCCCGCCCACGAGGCCGGUCUGGUGUGUCUGCAGGUCCUGGAGUCCAGCGGCGCGGUGUCCUCUUCGGUCCUGUUUGAGUACAGAGCGAGGAACGCCAGCUCGCUGCCCAGCUCGCAGCUCGACUGGCUCUCAUUGGACGACAACCAGUUCAGGAUGUCCAUCUUGGAAAGGCUGGAGCAAAUGGAGAGGAGGUUGGCAGAUUUGACGGCUCGUGAAAAUCAACAACAACAACGUUAUCGCCAGCAGCAGCAUGGCAGCCAGCUAGCCACGCCUCCUCUGCUACCUGAGGAACAGUGGUUUGAGAGGCGGAUCGUGGGAGUGUGUGAGCGCAUGAUGAAGGGAGGCAGGUGGGGGGGCGGAGGAGGAGAGCGACUGCAUCGCCCUGUGUGUCAUCGUGGGAUGACACUGCUCCACCUGGCUGCUGCACAGGGAUACACCCACCUGAUCCACACGCUCAUACACUGGAGGACUGUGAACAGCAACAGUUUGGACCUGGAACAGGAAGUGGAUCCUCUGAAUGUUGACCAUUUCUCCUGCACCCCGCUGAUGUGGGCCUGCGCUCUGGGCCACCAGAGGGCAGCAGAGCUCCUGUACGGAUGGAACAGCCAGGCUCUGGGUAUACCCGACUCCCUGGGCCGCCUGCCGCUCGCCGUGGCUCAUUCUCGGGGGCACACCCGUCUCGCCACAGCACUCGAGGAGCUGCACAUGCGGCAGAGCCACGUGCACGUUAGCCUGCUACUCAGAGACGUGCACACGCCUCCAGCGGACACACACGUGCCUGUGGUGCCACACCUGUUGCCUUCUCCUUUGUCCUCCAGCCCGGACACAGGUCUGAGCUCCUCCAGCAGUCUGCCGUCCCCCAGUGACCCCUCCUCUCCCUCGCCCAGCUCUGCGUACUCCAGUGGCCCCACCCCAAUGGACACGUCUCCGUCCUUCCCCUCCACUCCUUCCUCCCCCUCUUCACUGCCUGUCUCGCCUCCUUCCCCGUCUUCUUCCCUCUCCUUUUCCUCCUCCCUUCCACCUCUGUCCAUGUGGGAGGAGCCAAAAGGCAACUUGAGCACAGGUUUGAAUCCCAGCGGUUCCCGAGGUCCUUGUCUUAACCUCAUGCACUAUGAGAGCGACUGCACCGCCUCCCCCGGUCAUGCACACGUGCACUCACACCAGCAGAGGCCCCCCAGCACGUCGGUGGUGCUGGAGGAGCAGCUGCUGUGCUACGGCGAGAACGCAGAGAAUGAAGGCGAGGAGGAGGAGUACCUGGAGGAAGACAUGCUGCAGGUUGACAUGGCAACGUUGGCAGAACAGAUUAUUGAGGCGACUCCAGAGCGGAUCAAACAGGAAGAGUUCCCCAGAGGAGCCGAGUCACCGCUCAGAGAGCGGCGGGGCAACCCGGCCAUUCAGGACACCUGGUUGGCUACGUACCUGGACACGGUGGACACGCACUCCCCACCCAGGCGGGUGUGCCCGCCGUCUCCCCUCAGCGCACUGGCCCUCCAGAGGCUGCGACCCCCAUCCUCUGCUGCGUGGGCGGAGUUCCUGAACGCUUCAGCCAAUGGGAAGAUAGAGAGAGACUUUGCCCUGCUGACACUGACGGAUGGCGAGCAGAGGGAACUGUACGAGGCUGCCAGGAUCAUCCAGAACGCCUUCAGGAGAUACAAGGGUCGAAGGUUAAAGGAGCAGCAGGACAUGGCGGCGGCCGUCAUCCAGAGGUGUUACCGUAAAUACAAACAGCUAACAUGGAUAGCUCUGAAGUAUGCACUCUAUAAGAAGAUGACCCAGGCUGCCAUAUUGAUCCAGUCCAAGUUCCGCUCAUAUUAUGAGCAGAAGCGUUUCCAGCAGAGCCGGCGGGCGGCUGUCCUCAUCCAGCAGUACUACCGCAGCUACAAGGAGUACGAGCGGCUCAAACAGGCCUCGUGCAGUGCCUCAAACCACAACCCCAAGAUCAAGGGGUCAUUUUUGACAAAGAAGCAGGAUCAGGCAGCGAGGAAGAUCAUGAGGUUCCUGAGACGCUGCAGACACAGGAUAAAGGAGCUGAAGCAGAUGAGGGAGCUGGAGAGGAGAGGACUGACCACGUAGAACACUCAUCUGUUCCCUGAAAGCUGGAGGAGAGAUUUUACUGGUCGUCUUUAUAAGCAGCGUGUUGGACAAAGAGACGAACGAAAGACAUGAUGGAAGAGGUGGCGGAGAGAUGCCUUAACAUGUUCACUUUAUCGUGACAGAACAUUUUGCAUGUGUCUCCCUCAUUGUUUACAUGGUGCGUUGUGAUGGUCUUACCCAGAGGACAUCGAUGUGAUGAAUGUGGACUGACUUGUAAACACAGCCAAUGAUUAUGGAGCAGGGCGGAGACUAUGCUCCAACAGGAGUGGAGGUGAAUAACCGUUAAUAUACACACAUGCAUACGUACGUCUUCAACCACUUAGUCAGGAUCGGGUCACAGGGACAACAGCUCCAGCUGGGGACCCCAAAUGUCCUAUUAACCACCUCUGACUGGGGGAUCCCGAGGCG